AUGGAAUAGUUUAAUGAUUAAGACAACUUAUUAGCAAAUAUCAGCAAUUUAAAUGAAAAGCGUAUUUCCCAGGCUUUUGAGAACAUAUAGUAAACCUUUGCAGAAAGUGUAUAGAGAACAUCUACAAAGAGAAUCAUAUCUGUGAAUGACGAUGAUCAUUUUAAUAUUCAUAUCAACCCUAAGCUCAAAAACUACCAUACCAUGAAAUGGCUUUAAAAUAGGUACUUUGACAGAGCAAAAAAGGAAUACAUUCUGACAGAUCAUUAAAUCAAGGACACUUUGGCAAUGGAGACCUUAUUCAUCAGAUUUGAUGAGGACAACUCUGGAACCUUAGAGCUUAAGGAACUUAUCAAGAUGUUCAGAGAAAACUAGAUAAAUAUUAGCGACAAGAUCAUCAGAGAGCUAUUCAGGUUCGCAGACUAGGACCAUAGUGGAACACUCACUCUUGAGGAAUUCAAGUCGUUGCUUGUCAAUGAAUAGGCUUUAGACAGAUUUAGAGAGCUAAUGAUUUAAGAAAGGAAGAAAGCGUAGAGAAAGUCUUCAGAGCCGCUAUUUAUGAACAGUGAUUCAAGGGAUGAAAAUUAGAUUAGAUUUUUGCCAACAGAUCUCAGAGAUAUGCUAAAAUUAUUAAUAAACAGAAUGUAACAUAGUGGCUUGCAAAAGAAAUUAGAGAAAGUGUCAUGUCUUUAGAAUAAUAUGGCUGUGAAAAAUAACUUUAAACCAAUGAAGCUGAAUAAAGCAUUUUUUAGAAUGGAUGGAGAUCAAUAAAAGCAGAAAAUGAAAAAUUUAGAUCUGGAUGACAGAGUAAACUCUAAUGAAGACUUCGAGAAGAACAUUAAUGGAACUAGGUACUUGACGAAGCAUCUCCAAAAGGUGCCAACAAAGAAACUAAAUGAUAUGAGAAGUAGAAAUACGAGUGAUAGUAAUAAGAAUCUACAUGCCUUGAGGACUCAACUUGAGCCAUUGAAUGAAAACAUUUUCGAAUUGAUAUCAUUCACUCAGGAAUGCAAAAAGAAUGAUGAAAGCACAAACAAUAGGUUUAUCGAUAGAUACUACAGUAUUUAGCAAUAAUAAUAAGAAGAAAACUCUCCCAGAAAUAAAGUCAUACUUAAAAACGUAUAAAUGCAUAGUCCACUCUAUGAGACUCUUUCUAAUAAAUAUAAGGAGAAGCUUAAUCUUAAGAAAUUUUUACUCUAGAUGAAAACUUAAGUUAUGGGUACUGCUUAAGAUGAUGCAUCUAUUGAUGGUACUGAUAUCAAAAGUUAUCGACUUGACAGCAUACCUACUCCUAAGCUAGUGAGCAUGUCGUCUACUAGGGGUAGUAGGAAUACUUCGAAGAAACUUGAUAAUGUUAUAGGUUCCUACUUUAAAGUAAAUAGCAAAGUUGACUAUAUCAAGACAAACAAAGCUGAAAAUAAUAGAUUGAAUAACAUCACUACAGCCCCAACAAGUCUGAACAAUAGUAGAUUCUUUGGAAGCCGAAAGACCAGCAAAUUAAGUAGUGUAGAAAACUCUUUGUCCCCUUCCAGAAGUUAAUUGUCGACUAGGCAAUAUUUAAUAAAGACCACUCAACUUAGAAAAAAAUCCUCUAAAGUUAAUCUUAAUAAUGAAUAUUUUCACUUGUGA